CUUCAGUUUGUCCUCUUUCGGUUUUGAGGUUAGGGUAUUUAGUUUUUGACAAAAUGUCGUGUUUGUGACGAACAUCUGUUCAUUGUUUAUGACUGGUUCAUGAUAUAUAAAAAACAUGUAAAUAAAGUGCCAGUAAUUAAAAAUUUCCCACGAAGUGUUGAUUGAGAAAAUCUUAAAAAAAAUGACAGACAAAAUGCAAAGUAGUCAAUCUCAGCCAAUUGUUAAAAUUGGUCAUUAUACAUUAGGACAAACUCUUGGUGUUGGAACUUUCGGGAAAGUAAAAAUUGGAGAACAUGUGUUAACAAAACAUAAAGUUGCUGUAAAAAUUCUCAAUCGUCAGAAAAUCAAGAGCUUAGAUGUCGUUGGAAAAAUUCGAAGAGAAAUUCAAAAUCUUAAAUUAUUUAGACAUCCGCAUAUUAUUAAAUUAUAUCAGGUGAUUAGUACACCGACGGAUAUAUUUAUGAUAAUGGAAUAUGUUUCUGGUGGAGAAUUAUUUGAUUAUAUUGUAAAGCAUGGCAAACUAAAAGAAUACGAAGCGAGAAGAUUUUUUCAACAAAUAAUUUCUGGCGUGGAUUAUUGCCAUCGUCAUAUGAUUGUUCAUCGUGAUUUAAAACCUGAAAAUCUUCUUCUUGAUCACAAUUUACAUGUUAAAAUUGCAGAUUUCGGUUUAUCAAACAUGAUGAUGGACGGAGAAUUUUUGAGGACUUCUUGUGGAUCUCCUAAUUAUGCAGCACCGGAAGUAAUUUCUGGAAAAUUGUAUGCAGGUCCUGAAGUUGAUAUUUGGUCAUGUGGAGUAAUUUUAUACGCAUUAUUGUGUGGCACAUUACCAUUUGACGAUGAACACGUACCAACUCUUUUUCGCAAAAUUAAGUCCGGUAUUUUCCCAAUACCAGAAUAUUUAAACAAAAGUGUCGUGAGUCUUCUUUGUCAUAUGUUACAAGUUGAUCCCAUGAAACGUGCAACAAUCGAGGAUAUUAAAAAACAUGAAUGGUUCCAAAAAGAUUUACCAACAUAUUUAUUCCCUUCGCCCGUUGAACAAGAUUCAUCUGUGAUAGAUACGGAAGCCAUUAACGAGGUUUGUGAGAAAUUCAACGUUCAAGAAUCGGAAGUACACUCUGCAUUACUUAGCUGUGAUCCUCAUGAUCAAUUGGCAAUAGCCUAUCAUUUGAUCAUUGAUAAUAAAAGAAUUGCUGAUGAAGCUGCAAAAGCUGAAUUAAAAGAUUUCUACGUUGCUUCAAGUCCACCUCCUGUUGCUUUCAGUCCUAGUGAGUCAAACAACAGUCCCUUGCGCCCUCAUCCUGAAAGAAUUGCUCCUUUCCGCGAUCGUCAAGGUUCUUUAGGCAGUGCUACAGCUCAAGUUCCGGGUAAUAGAAACACUCCUGUCAAAAGGGCGAAAUGGCAUUUAGGAAUCAGGUCUCAAUCUAAGCCACAUGACAUCAUGAAUGAAGUGUACAGAGCAAUGAAAGCUCUUAAUUUUGAGUGGAAGAUUAUAAACGCAUACAGUGUUCGAGUACGACAGAAAAACAAAGUCACAGACAGGUACAGCAAAAUGUCUCUUCAAUUGUAUCAAGUAGAUUAUAAAAGUUACCUUUUAGAUUUUAAAUCACUUUCGAGUGAAGAGAGCGAAGACAUGAUGGUUUUAGAUCCAACUCUUCCUCCUCCUCAAGCGACUGGUCACCAUACAAUGGAAUUUUUCGAAAUGUGUGCUGCUUUAAUUACUCAGCUAGCACGAUAAAAGUUCAAAUAACGCUAGGGAAAACGGGGUGUCGGUAAAGUAAAAUAGUAAUAAUAUUAAUAAUGAAAAUAAAAUUUAAAAAGUAUUUUA